CUCGCCGUGCGAGGUUGUCGCCCAAGAUGCGUUGAACCACGCGGUACAGUGCCUUAGAAAAAGCUUUUGUGUAGACUGAGAGAUUAUUUAUCUGUGCCCAAAGUUUUGUGAAGUGACACCGGGAAACCUUGGACUUUUCUUAAAUUCUAGCAUUGGCUGAUAGCGCAAAAUUAUCCACAAUUAGGCGAGGUGCGCCGGCCAUGCAAGGAGCCGCUAACGCCCCAGCAGCCUCCGCGGCAGAGCCUCCUGCUACACAACAAAUCAAAACAGAAGUUAUAAGUGAAGCGAAAUUUGAUGCAGACGAAGUAGAAAUGAAGAUAGAAACACGGGCGCAGAGGACUACGAGUAUAGACAGUGAUAAUCGCUCGGAUAGGAGUGAUGAUGAUGACUGCAGGCGUGCACGGAAGCGUGCUGCUUCAUCGUCACCUUCACCGAUGCCCUUGGACAAAAGAAUAGCGCGAUUCGAAAGCUCAAAGUGUCUCCAGAAAUUCGAUUCCGCAAAUGCAUUUGACGUUCAUAGGUUUACAGCACACGCAGAAGAUACCAAAGCAAAUUAUGAAGAUCGUACUUACGACUUUUCGCAUAAAAAAUUCUCAGAAAUAAGAAAUAUCAUCGAACGUAACCCGCAAAAUUUGACUGUGCAUGAUCAGAUAUAUAGAUGUGAAUUUUGUUCAAGAGACUUCCCCUGCGUGCAGGUGUUAGAACUUCACAGGAAAACAUGUUCGUCUUCGAUCAAUUCCAGCCCAGAAAGGGAUCGACGCGAAGACUUUUUUGCCAAAUUAGAUUUGAGGAACAGGUCAUUUGGCAUUCCUGGGACGUUAACCCCUCCAAUGGAAAGAUUCACCCCUAAAUUUGAUGAAACACACAUCGGCAAUGGUAUCAGACAUAUCGAUGCAGCUAGAGAUUUGGCAGAUAUUCAAUCAAUUCUUAAUGUCACAUCAGCUGGAAGCCUUUUAGAAAGACUAACUGGUACCAGAGUCUCCCUUGAAAACUCAGUUCUUACUCCACCUGAUACUAUUAGUAAAGAUCGCGAACAAGAAGAAACUCAAGAUAAUUUUGCUGCUGAAUUCAGACGCAUGAAAUUGCGUGGAGAGUUCCCGUGUAGGUUGUGUCCCGCUAAAUUCCCAAAUUUAAGAGCUUUGAAAGGACAUAACAGAGUACAUUUAAGUGGCACAGGCCCAGGACCUUAUCAAUGUAAUAUGUGCCCGCAUGCAUCGCUUGACAAAGCAGCAUUAGUUCGUCAUAUGCGAACACAUAACGGAGACCGACCAUACGAAUGCGCUGUUUGCAACUAUGCCUUUACAACUAAAGCAAAUUGUGAAAGACACUUGAGAAAUCGUCAUGCCAAAGUUACAAGGGAGGAUGUUAAGCGAUCUAUUAUAUAUCACCCAUCUGAAGAUCCUAACAACGACGAGGUUAAUUCAAAACUUGCAAGAGAGGAAGUUAAAAGAUCUUUGGCUUUCCACACUCCAGAGGUUGAAAGACGCCACGAAAAUUCUGGUCGAGAAACUCCGCUCACUCAUUAUGCACCUCCGUUUAUUGCCGAGAGACAUCCGGUAACUUCAUUGGCUAAGGCUUUGCCAGACACGCCUACAUUGACGCCACGAGAAACUGAUCAAACAAUACCAAGAAUCAAAGUUAAAGGUAUUGGACAGCUGACACAAAUACCAGAAUUCAGGCCACCGGAUAUCACGUAUAAGACAAAUGACGUUCAACCCGAUUCGUACAAUGAUGAUGCACCUGUGGAUCUGAGUACAAGUGAUAAUAACAGUUGCGAUGUACUUGAUCUGAGUAAGAAAAAGCGAGAUAUUGAAGAAGAGGAACCGAAAGCUCCUUCCCAACCUAUUUUUGAUGCCUCCGCUGCAGCUGCCGCUGCUGCUUUUGAAAAGACAAGAUUUCUACUUGCCCAACAAAGACUCUUCGAAUCAUCAUUACCAAAAAUAGACCCUGCCUAUUAUGCUACACAGCUUUCUCAACUCUACGCCGGUGCAGUACCUGGUUUGCCAGGACUGCCGAUACCACCAUCAUUUCCUAUUAAUCCUUAUUUUCUACAAUCUUCUUUUUUCCCCCACCCUACUGAUUCACAAGAACUUGCCGAAAUAAAACAACGUAUCCAAAAAGAAAUUAUUCGGGGUUUGAGCAUGUCCGGGGGUAGGUUAGUUUCGCCUGAUCAAGAAAUACAGCCUAAGCAAGAGCCAGAAGAUGAAGAUCAGAAACCAUUACAAGUGACAACGACUCCUACACCGCCGCCGCUUCCAGAAUCUCCACGUCCUAUACCAACAAAUGCUGCACCGCAAAACGAUUCUGUAAAAAUGGUGAUUAAAAACGGAAUACUUAUGCCUAAGCAAAAGCAAAGAAGAUAUCGUACUGAACGCCCUUUCUCUUGCUCCCAAUGCUCCGCACGUUUUACUUUACGUUCAAACAUGGAAAGACAUGUUAAACAACAGCAUCCACAACACUGGAGUGUCAGGAGACCAGCCCCUAGAGCGCCACCGCCAUAUCCUGGCUCAGAAAAUCUCUCCGACCGGGUUAAAUAUGCUUUAUUAGCUCGCCACCUGGAACGACCAUCACAAAUAGAUCGGUCUCCUGUUAGAAGAGAUUCAGAUGAAGUCGCUGACAAUGAAGAAGAUGAAGAGGAUACUUUGGUGAUAGAUGAAGAACCUGAAGAUAAUAAGUCUGAUGAACAUACUGCUGCACAUCGAGCCGCGGCUGAAAUAUUGAUGGCUACACGCCAUCAAGAGCUCAGCAAAGAUUUCGAUUUGAAAAUUGCUGGAAGUCUUAUCAAUAAACCUAUACCUAUUCCUAUAGAAAAAAAUGAAACUGGGACAGAUCCUAUACCUUUAAACAAAGACAUUCAAUCUGUUGUUCCAACUCGCAGUGACGAGGAAGAAGACGAAGAAGGACUUGUAGCUUCUACUAGUGAAGGAAAUAUCUCGGGCAGCGACGAAAAUAAGUCCGAGUCAGAUACUGGCACACAACCUCCAAAAAAGAAGUCUGCAUACAGCCUAGCACCAAAUCGUGUGUCGUGUCCAUACUGCCACCGGAAAUUCCCCUGGUCAUCGUCUCUUCGCCGCCACGUCCUGACCCACACGGGCCAGAAACCUUUCAAAUGCCCACACUGUCCACUUCUUUUCACGACGAAAUCAAAUUGCGAUCGUCACCUCCUGAGGAAGCAUGGCGGUUCAGCUAAAGCGAUUCUAACCGAACCCCUCCCGGAUGCUCCUCCAACUUCCACGGAUCGAGCGGUCCCCGAGCGACCUUACAAAUGCUCAUCAUGUCCCACAAGCACAUUUUCAUCUAUAGAAACACUAAAAAAGCACGUUGCCUCCCGCCAUUCCAAUUCGCAACCACCGUCCCCGAAUCCAGAAGAAGAAACAGAUUCAAGUUUGGUCUUCAAAUGCCAUCUCUGCGAAGCGUCGUUUGGUGAAAGAAAUGGAGCUUUGGGACAUUUAGCUUCGAGCCAUCCGACAGAAUAUGAACAGUUGGUGACCAAGGGUGCCUUAGACGCUGCUAGUGACAAGAGCGAAAGUGCUGACGACGACGAAAGAGGAAAGUUCCCUGACCAUGCUAAUAGAAAGGUGGUAUGCGCUUUCUGCGUACGUCGCUUCUGGUCGGCAGAAGACCUUCGUCGCCACAUGCGUACACACUCCGGGGAACGCCCGUUUGCCUGCGACCUGUGUCGCCGCCGCUUCACUCUGAAGCACAGCAUGCUGCGACACCGCAAGAAGCACCGAGAGGAAGCCACCGAUGACGAGGAAACAACACCGCCAAGCACCCCUAAUGAUGCUGUCAACGGUUUCCGUUACCAUGACGACGACGGUUCUGGCAACGAGAUCCCCAGUAACGUUAACAACAACAACUCUCCACCCUCACUCCCCUACGAGAAGAAACUCCAGCUCAACGUGACGUCACGCAAGUACUCGUCCGAGGUUGAAAACGAAGCAGAACAGGGCGGCGAUUUGAUCGGAAAACUACUGGGCAUCCCCGACAAGACAAUAAUUAACAAACUUCUCUCUUCAGCCGACGAAGCUGCAAAAUUCCUUGGAGUGAACAAAUGAGAAUACGCUUUAGUCCUCGUGGCUCCAGCCAGGCUUAUUUUGGCACCGCGAGGACUAAGAAUUACCACAAACCAAACAUCGAAUCAACCAACGCCAUCUAGUAGCGAAUAGUUAAACUUUGUAUAUAAAGAUGAUUUAUUAGGACGCUCACUUAACGGACCGCUUUCAAGUAACACUUUGUCUUGGGUCACUUUGACAGUUGUCGAAAAGUUUUUAUAAAUACCUGUUUCGUCAAUUUGACGUAGGGUUAGUUUAAACUGCGGCUGUAACUCUUUUCAUAUUAUGCAAGUGUGGAUUUAUCUCAACACUUUAGUUAAUCGUAUAAGUAAAUUAUAUAGGUGCCUUAGAAUGCCUUAUUGUAUAUUAUACCGUCCUAUAAUGCCUUAAAAUGUGGGUGGCGACAAACGAAAUAUUUGUAAUAGAUUAGUGCCAGUAAAGUACAUCAGCUAAUUCGUAUAGUUUUAGUGUAUCAUUUUUUAAGUAGUUUCUAUUUAUGCAUUUUCAUCUAGUCGGUUGAAAAUUUUCACAUUUCAUUUCCAAUAUCGUUCGUUCAGCCAAAUAUUUCGCAAAUCCAAAAUUGUCUAGUCAAUGUUUCACGUACUAUUAUGAAUUAAUAAGCUAAAUAACCAAAUCAAUAGUUUCAGAUAAGGAUAGCUUGUAACCUCACAUUAUCCUACCAAUGAAUAGGUAAUAAGUAAAAAUAGGUCUUAAUAUAUACUAGCCUUGUACUUAAAUUUCUCUCUUCUAUACUUUUUACGUGUUAAAUGUUUCUUUUCGUUUUACUGUAUUUUAUAGUAUUCGUUGUAAAAAGCUAUCUUUAGUUAACUAAGUACUUUAUUUUGCUCAAAUUUAUGGCAUUUCUUUCAAAAGACUAAAUUGUUAAGUUGCAUUAAGAUCUCGUUUUAUAUUUAACCAAAGUUAAUGGUGGACAGAUGUUUACCAAUUGUGAAUUUUUGACAAUUUUUUGAACGCUGUUAUAGAGGACUUUUUUAUUUUUUAAGCUUUUCUAUGUUUAGGUUUUGGUGCAGCAAUAUUUAAUAUAAUAGGUGGGUUAUAAACUCGUUAGGUUUCGUAUAAGUUAUAGGUAAGUGAAAUUCUGUCUCCUUUUGUGGAUUGACGAAUUAUCAUACGCUAGAAUAUACCUAAGCCCAAAAGCUUUGUAAUAUAAUAACGCAUAUUAUAUAAACCAAAAAUAUAUUAGAAGUUAAUCUAAGAUAUUAUGUAGUUUUGUUUAUCGCAAAAGUUUUAUGAUAAAGCAAUAAAUUUUAAAUAUAUUCUUACAUAGUUAUGUAAAGUUUUUUUUAUGUUAAUAAAUAGAUGUACUAAUAAUUAUAUUGAUUUUCAAUGCGACGAUCCUACUAUGCGUCAAUUAUAAUGUAUAAAUUAAAGAAUAUUAUGUUGUAAUUUAUUUACUUAUAAACUUAAAUAACAUAGCGAUAAUGCUAUGACUAGGAUUAGAAUUAUUUCGUACUUACUAGAAUGUAAUUUUGGGAAUAAGUAAUUAUAAAAUUGGCAACACCGCUUGGCCUUUCAACGUA